GUAUGUUAGGUGUACACUUAUUCUUGUAACGUAGAUACACAAAUUCAAAAUUUCUACACUUGACAUGAUUAAAUCGUCGACACAAGCAUCCUAGAAAGAAAAUCAGUGAAAUCAAAGAAAAAAAAAAUACAAAAUUGCGUAUCGGAUAUGAAAAUGUGGAUGUAAGUGCUUGAAAUUAAAAUAAGGUCCGUAUAAAAGCGCGAUGGGACAUGAACCUGCAAUGUGAAACGAUAGCAAAUUUGGUAUCGUCGACAUUUGACAUCAUUCAGAAUACACUUAUUCCAUAAUGAGCCGAAAAUCAUCUUUAAACCAAAUAUUUGAGGUUGAAAACGAGUACAGUAUUCAGUUCAUCAAAGCAUCAGGUGACUGUUUGUAUGAUUGUCUGGUUGAAGGGUUUAGGAGUUUAAACCUAGAGAUUGAGGAGUUCCCUGGAGUAAUAAACCUACCUGGAGAUUCAGAUAUUCAAGCCUUGCGUCGGACAGUGAGUGAGAAUAUAACGGAUGAGGAUUUUGCAAACUUUCAAGAAUUCUUUGCUGCCGGAUUAUCUGAUUUUUCCUUUAUGAAACGGUGUAGAGAGAAACAAGAUCUCCAGGACCGAAUGUUGGUGUGCGGUAAAGGAGCUGGGGCUGGCCAUUGUAUCUGGGCGAAUGAGUUCGAAAUAGGUGUUCUUUGCAACAAACUUGGAUUAUCCUGUCUUAUAGUUGAUAUGCAGGCUUCUAGUUUAGACUCAAGGUUUAUAUCUGUUCAACCAAGUAGUUCAGAAUCAGAGUGGUUUAUUUUGUUACAGAGAACUAGGAGAGAGCAUUACAAUCUCAUUAAAUACCAAGAGAAAGCUUUAAUGAAGUUUGAUGAUCUCCCAGAAGAAGUCAAAUUAAAAUGGAAACUGGCGAAAAAAGACUGAACAGAAAAAAUUCACGUGACCACCUCGAAAUAGAAUCGAAAAAAAUUGUUUUUGUUAGACAUUGUUCAAUAUUAAACACGAAAAAAAGAUUGUUAGUGACUGUGUUAUUUAAAGAAUGUUCCCAAAAUCUCGCGUAUUUUAAUCGUUAUUUAAUAUCGUUAUUUUCAGAA